CUCAGUCCUCACCCCUUCCCUUCUACUUCUAGCACCAUUAAAACAUGGAAACUCAUAUAGUUCACAGGAUCUUCAGCGGCGGCAUGAUGACCUUGGUGUUGAUGGCAUUCAUGGCCACAAUUUCAGUUGCUAAAGUGGACAGUCGGACAUACAUUGUUCACAUGGACAAGUCCAAGAUGAAAAACUCCUAUCUUUCUGCAGCUAAUUCCCAAGAAAUGUUUCAAGAUAUGCUUGAUUCAAUCUCCCAACUCUCCACUGAUUCAAAAGUAACACCACCUCCCCGCCUACUUUAUGCAUAUGACACUGCAAUCUUUGGUUUUGCUGCUAGGCUUUCCCCUAUGCACCUAGAAUCAAUAAGAAACAUGGACGCUUUUGUCGCUGCCAUUCCCGACGGAUCAAUACGCCUACACACCACACACAGUUACCAGUUUCUUGGCCUAGAACAGGGCAAAGGACUCUGGCAUGCUUCAAAUCUAAAGUCUGAUGUGAUAAUUGGUGUCAUAGAUACCGGUAUCUGGCCUGAACAUCCUAGUUUUCAGGAUCAUGGUUUUGGUCCAGUACCAGCUAGAUGGAAAGGUGCUUGUGAGAGCGGUACAAACUUCUCCCCACUAAACUGCAAUCGCAAACUCAUCGGUGCCAGAUAUUUUUUCAAAGGAUACGAGGCCGCGCAUGGCAGAGUCAAUGAAACCAAAAAUUUUAAGUCCCCCAGAGCAACAAAUGGUCAUGGAACUCACUGCGCAUCAACCGCUGGUGGCAAUCUUGUACAGAACGCAAGCUUUUACGGCCUAGCCAAAGGUGUGGCAGCCGGAAUGAGGUACACAUCAAGAAUUGCAGCAUAUAAAGUUUGCUGGGCAGGACCUGAUGAUUGCGCUAAUUCUGACAUUCUCGCCAGCAUUGAUCAAGCAAUUAAAGAUGGUGUGAACGUAGUGUCCAUAUCAUUAGGACCUGAAGAAGGAGGCAGUGUCCCAUAUUUUGAUGAUCUCACUGCUCAAGCAGCAUUUGCUGGAAUCCAACGAGGAAUCUUUUUUUCAUGUUCAGCUGGAAAUGAAGGCCCGCGUACUGUUAGCAACACUGCCCCAUGGCUCAUGACAGUGGCUGCAAGCUACAUUGAUAGGAGCUUGCCUGCAAUUGUCAAACUUGGAAAUGGACAAAUUUUUGAAGGUGUAUCUUUGUACGCCGGUAAAUCAUUAAAAGAAUUACCAAUUGUGUAUGGACCGACUGCAGGGAAAAAAUUUGCUCAGUAUUGCGUUCCCGGGGCACUCAGCCCAAAGCUUGUAAAAGGAAAGGUGGUUGUUUGUGACCAGACACGAGGAUUUGACAACUAUCAACAAGCAGAGCAUGUGAAGUCAGUAGGAGGAGCUGGCACGGUCAUCUUUCUCAGUGAGGGUGAAGAUCUUUUUGGUCUUCCUUACAUUUCUCCUGCAGUUUCUAUGGUAUACAAGGCAAGAAAGCCUAUGUUAAGUUAUUUGAACUCUACAAAAUCACCUACAGUUUCACUAACUUUCAAAGGAACCACUUAUGGAAAGCGUGCACCAAUGAUGGCUGCGUUUUCAUCAAGAGGGCCAAAUCUAGUUGGUCCUGACCUGCUCAAACCAGACUUGACUGCACCAGGGGUGAACAUAUUGGCAGCGUGGCCAGGUAUAAGUAACCCAUCUGAGGAGGAGGGUGACAAAAGAAAGGUUCUGUUCAAUUUAGAGUCAGGGACUUCGAUGUCUUGUCCUCAUGUUAGUGGCCUAGCAGCACUGCUUAUUUCAAGGCACAAAGAAUGGUCGCCAGCGGCAGUUAAAUCAGCCAUGAUGACAACCGCUUAUAAUCUAGAUAAUAGAGGGAGUCCAAUUAAGGAUUUUUAUCAUGGUGGCCCCGCGACCCCUUUUGCAAUUGGUUCAGGCCAUGUUGAUAUUCAGAAAGCUUCUGAUCCAGGAUUGCUAUAUGACAUCCACCCUCUUGAGUAUUUACAUUACUUGUGCAGCCUCAACUAUAAUUCUUCUCAGAUAGCCAGAUUUGAUUGGAAUUUCACAUGCCCCAAAAGGACAACCAUGCAGCCUGGAGAUCUGAAUUACCCUUCCUUUGCAGUGCUUCUCAAGAGUGACGCCCAUAAUGUUACCAUUACCUAUAGAAGAACUGUCACAAAUGUUGGAAAUCCUCCAGUUGGUACUUAUAAAGUGCACGUACAAGAACCCAAAGGAAUAUCAGUCAGGGUGAAGCCUAGCAUUUUAAGUUUUAAGAUGCAUGGUCAAAAACUGGCAUACAAGGUGAGUUUCACUGCAGUAAAACAAAUCAUUGAAUCUGAGAACUCAUCCUUCGGAUCUUUGACAUGGGUGUCUGGGAAAUACACAGUCCGAAGUCCCAUUGCAGUAACUUGGAUAUAGAGUCUUGUGUUUAUCGUAUGUGGAAGCAGGGGAUUUGAUUAUGUGCUGCUCAAGUUAUUGUGAGUAUGUGGGCUAUGCCAAUGUGUAAUGUUUGAUGGGAAAAAUAAUUGAAAGCAUAUAAAAUGCUUUUUAUCUACUUUGGCUUUAUCUUAUCUUUCCAAUGUGACAUCCCAGCUUGUUUCUGCUAAUCUGGUUGGACCAAUAUUACUACAUUA